GUUAGGGUUUUCGGGACUCACGGCUUUUCGCUGGGCGCUAGCCUUCCGCUCCUGGCUCGGGUACCCAGAUGCCUGUCGGGCUCGGGAACUGCGGGCCGAGCAGACUUGGUGAUGUGUCCAAUCUUUGACCACCAUAUCCCACCACAAGAUGCUUCUCUGCACUACCAGUGCCCACAAGCUUGAGACUGUUUAUGACCAUAAGUUUCUCAAGAUGUCUAUCAAAGAAUCUUGUGAAAAAGAAGAAAAGUCUCAGAAAAAACAGACUACCUCUUCACCAACUUUUAUUGAGGACAAGGAGGGAGAAAUCUCAGCAGGCUCUACUAGUUCAACACACUGUAUUAAACCUAUUUCAGCCAAGAAGAGAAAACUGAAAUCAGAUGAUACAGACAUUGUAUACUAUAAUACAAACAGAAAACAAGAUUUGAAAAGAUCGAAUGUAGAAGUUGACACGCCCAGAAAGAGACCAAAAUUCAGUUCUUCAACUGAAGGACCUACUAAACUCCAAGUAACAUCAUAUAACAAUCAAGUUACUUCACAGAGUUGUUCAUCAAAUGGAACUAAAGAUACUAAACUUAAAGAUAGUAAAUUGACAAAUAUUGGAAGUAAGCUUGAUUAUGAAAUAAAAAAACAUCACAGCAUUAAAAUUACCAAAGAUACAAAAUCUAAAGCUGAAGGCUGGACAGAGGAGAAGAAUUGGCCCCAUUCACUUAUUCAGGAGAAUAUGAAGGAAUUCAAGAAAGAAAAGAAUAGUAAACUCAGAGACAGUUCUGAAGAAUUGGAGAAAUAUAAGAAAAAUCAGCUUCCUCAGAAUUAUAAUUUCAACAAUAUAAUCAAGGAACCGUUUGACUCUGGAAGGAAGAAGAUUAGCUUCAAAAUUCCCAAAAAGCCCUCUGGCACCAUCCAGAAGCUUGUAAAAGGAAACGUCUUCAGUGUAGAUUCUAGAAAGUCAAAGAAUAAGCAGGAAAAAAAGGAGUGCUUGAAAAGUUCCCAGACAUCAUUGGAUUUGACCAGGCGCAAAGCUGGAAACUUGUUUUCAGAUUCCACAUGUAAGCAGACUGUCUGUGAGGGGAAAAGAAAAGACCUUCAUGAGCAUCCAGAAAUUAAUAGUUCAGAUUCUAAGGAAAACCAUACCCAGAAUUUUGAAACACCAUGUUCUUCAGUGUCAUCUGAGAACAUCCAAGAUACAGAUGAAGAGAUGCAGAUAGUAGAAGAGCUCCAUGCUGCACGUGUGGGAAAAAGUGUGCAUUUACCUGUGGUUCCACCUUCCGGAGAAUUAAUGAGUAUGGAAAUUGACUUGGUGGAAGAUGAUGUGCAUUCUUCUGCUGUAAAUACUGCCACAGACAAAAAGCUUCUAAUUGUUAUUGACACAAAUAUUCUGAUGAAUCAUCUUAAAUUUGUUAAAAUUUUGAAGACUACAGAGAUACCAGGCUUUGACACACUUGUGUUAAUAAUUCCCUGGGUGGUUGUGCAAGAGCUAGAUCGCAUGAAGGCAGGAAAAUUAUUAAAACAUGUCCAGCACAAAGCUGUACCUGCAAUUCACUUCAUCAACAAUAGCCUCAGAAGUCAAGAUAGAAAGCUGUGGGGUCAGUCAUUACAACUGGCAUCCCAAACACUUUAUGGACUGAGUGAUGAGAACAAUGAUGAUCGAGUAUUAAAAUGCUGUCUGCAGUACCAGGAAUUAUUUCCAUAUUCUCUUGUUAUUCUGUGCACGGAUGAUAGAAAUUUAAGAAGUAAAGGACUGAUAAGUGGUGUGAAGUCACUCAGUAAAGAAGAAUUGGAUGCAGAGAUAGUAUCUUUAGCUUUGAACACAAGUGUGUGUCCUCAGCCUUGUAUUUCUAAGCAACAGCUGAAAGCAGAAACAGCACCUGUACAGGAGACAUCUAAGGAAGAAUCUACAAAUUCUGGACUGUCCAUUCUGCUUGAGCACAUUAUAUGUGAUUUUGAAAAAUCUCUUGGAACAGCUUUAUCUUCAAUAUUAGAAACAGAAAUGAAAAUUGCUUUUGGAAAUCUUUGGAUGGAGGUGCUGUACUUGAAACCACCAUGGACUCUAAUAAAUCUAUUGCAGUGCUUUAAAAAACAUUGGCUGGCUGUAUUUGGAUUAGUUAUGGAAAAUAAUUUACUUUUAACUAUUGAGAGCCUAUAUGAAAAUCUUUUGAAAGCUAAUAAUGCAGUGGAUUAUAAAACAGUAAAAUUCCUGCUUCAGGAUUCUAAAAGUUUGUUACAUGCCUUCAGUACAAGGUCAAAUUAUGAUGGCAUUCUUCCACAGACCUUUGCGCAAGUAAACAAACUACUUCAAGUACUUGCAGAGGUCAAGACAAAACUUAAGCCAGAUUCUUCAGAAAGCACAGUGAAUAAAAAGCAGAAAGACACUUCUUUGGUGAAGCUUCAUAACCAAGACGUCACUGUUUUCUCGGAUUCUCCUCUUCCCCAGUUCACCAGGCAUCAAGAAAUAUGGUCUAUCCUGGAGAAUGUUUGGACUUCAAUAUAUCAGAACAGCACAGAUGUGUUUCAGACACUGGACUCAAGUUCAACUCUGACCACUUCAAAAAUAGCAUCAUUUGAAGAAGCAUUUAUAUAUCUUCAAAAGUUAAUGGCAGCUGUAAAGGAUAUUCUUGAAGGAAUUCAAAGAAUUUUAGCUCCUAAUAGUAAUUUCCAAGAUGUUGAGACGCUCUAUAACUUCCUAGUCAAGUAUGAGGUAAGCAAAAAUGUCAGAUUUACUGCCCAGGAACUUUAUGAUUGUGUUUCUCAGACUGAGUAUCGGGAAAAAUUAACCAUUGGAUGUCGCCAACUGAUUGAGAUGGAAUAUACCAUGCAGCAGUGUCAUGCAUCUGUCUGUAUGGAAGCCAAAAGCAGAGGAUGGUAUGAAGACAUGUUCAACAACAGGACUUAAGUUCUUGGGAGGAAUGACAUCUAUCAUCAUGAGUAACCCAGUAACUUUCAAAAUGGUUGCUUUGUUGAACCAAAGUUAGGAUAAUUACAAUCUUUCACAGAUACAAAGAAAAAAGUUUUAUUGACCAUCUCAUUGAAUCCAAUGUAGGGUAAACUGUAGACCCAGCUCUUCUGGAGUUGACAAUACUUCCUACCUCUAAAGAAAAGAGAGCCAUCCUCUUAGUGUUCCUGAGGCAGGAAUCACUGUGACAUGAUGGCAGCCCACAGCCUUAGCAUCUCUCCUAACUCUGAAUGUGGGCAUGUGACCAGACACUGCCAAGCCCUAGGACUGAAGGCAUGACCAUGCUACAACAUUCCAUGAAUGGGCUGCUUUCAUGAACAAACUGCCAUUUCUAUAAAACUGGUGGGAAAAAACCACCACCACCUUCAGGGAUAUGAAGUAGAAUUUUGAUCUAGCACCUUCUCCUCUGUAGCUGCUGUGGGGGUUGUGUCAUUUUUCUGUGCAUUUCCAAUGGGGAAGAACCCCCUCUGAGGUUGCCCCUUAAAUAUGAAGCAGUAUGGAUUUGGGGAAUUAGAUGGCAGUGGCUGCUCUUUGCCCCUACCUAAAACUCAAGUGUUUAAUUGACUUAGUUAUACAUUAAGUUGGAAAUCCUUGUUUACUGAAGUGUAUUAUGUUUUUGUUAAUAGAUUAAGUCAAAUGUGAUAUUCUAUAAUAAAUGUUUAUUUUAAAUAACAAUAAAUAACUUAUUUUAGUAAUAUUUUGCUUUUCAGUUUACUUCCAAAUACUUUCUGAAAUGAGUAUAAGGUAUGAUUAUAAAAGUGAGUCUUUCCAGUAAAAAGAAUUGAUUCUGGAUAUGUAGUAGUGGUGCAGGUUCUGCUCAGCAGAUCCUGUUUUUUAUGUUUGCAGGGUGAAAAAAUCCCAUGUGUUAAAGUUUGUGGACAGUUGACUGUUGUAGCAGGACCAUGAGCCUCUCAAUGGCUAGGAGAGUCAGAAUGUCAGGUCUUCCUUGGUUUUUAAGACUGAUAGACUACACCUCUGGCUGGCCUGAUAGGUCAGUUUGACCUUGAGUUUAUGGCACUUUUCCUGCUUUGGUCUCAUUAAGGCUAGCAUUACAGGCAUGCACUACCAUGUUGACUUUAGUAACAUGCUUGCUGUGAAGCAUGAGGAUCUGAAUUUAUAUUCCCAACUUCCAUAUGAAGAGCCAGACAAAGCAGCAUCUGCCUAUAAUCCCCAUGCUGUGGAGACAAAGACAGUUAAGACUCCCAAAACUCACUGGCCAGACACUAUCUUGAAAGUAAGGUAGAGAGUGAUCGGGUCACUUCCUGAAAAAUGUUCCCUAGUGAACCUUCAUCUGGCUGACUCAGCUAGACUGUGUGCAGCAAGCCCGAGGGAUUCUCCUGUCUGUUUCCCCUGCACUAACAUUACAGGUAUACACUUUUACUGCUUUCUCACCUGAAUGCAGGUUAUUACACUCUUUAAUGCAGUACAUAGUGUUAAAUCCAUUAGGUAAAAUUUGAGGUACUUUGACUCCAGAAGAAUGUCUUUAUGGGGCACAUUCCAGGACCUGAUAGAGAUGCAGUGAUUUCAGUUUAUAAAGUGGCUUGUUACCAGUGCAUACCACAGAGCUUUCAAGUCUAAGUAGUCAAUCUGUCAACACCGAUACAACUGGUCAUACUGAAUUAAACAUAGGAUAGUGUAGUUCCCUCUUACAUGGAGGGUUAGUCCCUCUAGUGGGUUGAUUAGCAAAAGAUCCUAAGAGCAAUGAAAAUACAGGCAGGCUGGCUUGUCUAAUCUCUGGGUUGUAAGUGCUGUGAGUGGCACUUUGUAGUGUAUAGAUUUUCUGAACACCCAGUAGAGAAGGACUGUCAUGAUGAUUCAUGGUUGAAAAGCACAGGUGGGACAGGAGAUUGUCAAGUCGGAAAUAUGAACACUAUGACCUUGGCUCUGAGAGUUGACCAAGAGACUACAUAAACAUGAGUUGACUGAGGAAACUGCUCCAUUAAGAUGACAUUCAAAAUAUUGAGAAAGUAACAUUUGGGUCUGUCUCUUGGUCUUCUCUUGAUACCAUGGAAGAUCUGCAAUGUCAACGUGAAACAGCUAUCUAUGAAGUUCUGAUCUGCAGCCUCAGUUGUCCAAGUCUUAUGCUAGUCCAGUGUUACAUAUUCCAAUUCUUUAGUCAGUUUUCCUUGGCCUCAACUAGUGCCAGGGGCCAAACUAGAAUGUCCUCUCCUAAGGAAGUAGAUCCAUUUUUAUAGAAUUAGGUAGGGAAAAAUUGAUAAAAAUGGGACCAAAUACCUAAGCCUGGAAUUUUCAAAGAUAUUUAUAUUUUAUGUGUAUAACUAUUUUGCCUGCAUGUAUGUGUGUGAGCCAGUUAUGUGUCUGGUGCCCAUAGAAGUCAAAAGAGGGCAAUGUAUACCCUGGAACUGUAUAAUUCAGACAGUUGUGAGCCAACAUAUGAGUACUGGGAAUCAAAUCUGUGCUCUCUAUAAAAGCAGUAGGUACUCUUAACCUCUGAGCCAUUUCUCCAGGAUAGAAUUUUUUUUUUUUUUUUUAAAUUUGAGGUAGGGUUAGGUAUUUGGUGAAGGCUGGCCAUGCUGAUUUGAGGACCAGGGUAUGAUAUCCAGCACUCAGUGAGAAUGCCAGUAAUGGUGCAAACCUGUAAUUCCAGGACAGGGAAAGCAGGCAGGAGAAUCCCUGAGGCUUUGCUGGACAGUCUAGCUGAGUCAGUGAGCUUAAGGUUCACUGAGUGACCUUGUCUCAGGAAGUGACAGGAAUACAGUCCAUGUUGACCCCUGUUGUAUACACACACAUCCAGAGGUCAGGCAUAGUGGCUCACACCUAUAGUCCACGUAUUCAGAAGGAAAGGGUAAGAAGAUUCCCACAGGUCUGAGACCAGCCUGGUCUACAGUGAUUUCCAGAGGUUAGCCACAGCUAUAAAACAAGACUGAUGGCUCACAACCACCCAUAACUUCAGUUCCAGGACACUGAACCCCACUUUUGGCUUCUGGCUGGCAUGCACCUGCAACACAGGCAUAUAUGCAGAUAAAACAUUCCCAUAUAUAACUGAAACAAAACCACAAAAAUAACCAUAAAGCUCUGUGUGGCGUAGCUAAUCCAAUCUCAACUACGCAUAUUCUUUCCCCUCUCCACCUGGCUGGGAUUACAGUGGGCUUGUAGCACCCCACUGGGUUUGUAGGGUGUUAAGGAUGGACUGCAGGUCCUCCUGCAUGCUAAGUAGGCAUUCUACCAGCCUGCCUACACCUUAGCUCCACAAUUCUGGUCUUAACAUUGUUUUUUGAGUUUUAAUCUCUUUUCAACCCCUGGAACUCUACUGUAAACUAAUGGUUAUAAGCUAAACUAUCAGCUCAGUACAGGUGCCUCCAAGGUGAGGAUAACAAGUUCCCUAGUGAGGUAAAAUAUAGAUUUGUCUUACCCUUCAUUCUAAACCUACUUGAAACACUUUAUGGGUUAAGCUAGAGAAAAUUUAAAUUCCCCUUAUAGAAUUCUGUGAGCUUUACUGAAUACAUAAUCAUGUAAUCACCAGUUUGUUCACAUCAUAAGUCACAGCAUUCCUAUAAACUCUUGUGAUCUUUUGUGGUUAACUCCUCUUCCUACCUUUGGGUUUGACAGAUGUUUGCUAUUUCUUCUUUUUCCCCUUUUCCAGAAUGCUACAGAAUUGGGGCCGUUUGUGUUAUGCUUUUUACUUAAGUAUGCAUGUACCUGCCCAUGUGGAAGUUAAACUAUGGGAAUAUUUUCAUGUUUCUCCACCUUACAGCUACCUGGGAGAUGGCUACAGCAUCUGGGAUAUCCCAACAGGUGAAGGACUUUUAAAAUAUCUGUGGUCAGGGAGGCCCUGCUGUGUCUAAAGAAUAAGUUGGGCCAGUAAAACUUAAGUCAUGGUGUUUAUAUUGAGUGUUCCAUCACAGCAAAAAGCCUGGAUGACAUCACGGUCCUGACUACCAAUCUUAGGAAUUUCCUUGCUGAAAAUGGUUGCCUAAGCAACACCCAGCAAGUCAUUUCUGCUUUUUCCAAUAACUUCAACAUCAUGGAGAAGUACCUUGUACAAUGACCACUGCAUCUAUUUGAAGACAGUCCUCAAGAGCUUUCCCAAGUGAAGGCCAAGCAUUGAGACUGGAGUUAAAACUGUCCUGCAAAAGAUGGGCUAAAUGACUGUAUUUGGAGAAAAUUAUGUUGAUAUGUCUAUAAAAGCCAAAAUUCAGAAGUCUGUCAGUUUAUACUAGAUGCUCUCAAAGGUUUGCUCUUCUGCCAUCAUCUCACACUUUGAACAAUAAUGAAAUGCUUCCUGAAUAGAGGGCAUAUGUUGAUUGUCCUUUAAAAGGCAAUGCAAGGUUUUCAUCCUUCUUACAGUGUCCCGCUAAAGAUUUAAAUGCCCCUGGAAAAUGAGCUGGAGAAGACUCAUCACAAACUUGCAUUACAUCAUUGUAUAGGGCCAUGCUAAUAUCUGUAUGGCUCUAAUCUUAGUAUGUGUUGUCAAAGCACAGGCAUAUUUUUAUUGCUCAGUGCUUGCAAUCUAUCAGUACCAUCAUUCUUUUUAUCCCAUUCACACCAUUAAUCAAUUGGUAGGCUACUGUGGCUUUCAGUUCGGGGAGCUCUAAUCCCAUACAGGUUUGGGUGUGAAUGAAUCUAAUUUUACUUUUAUAUAUAACUACAAAUGUAAUUGCUUUGUCCCAGAUAUUACUGAACUGCACUUUUCAAAGUGCCUACAUGAUCUUGUAGUUCCUCCCGCAACUUAGGAACUCUACUUUCUGCAGACUUGGGUAUUUUAAUACAUUUGUAUCAUCAGUAACAAUAGCAGUUGGUUUAGGGUUACAGGCACAUAUUUGUCUGCCCUGUGUGAAGCCCCUAACAAUUUCAAGUACUGGCCAAAAGCUGGUUUUUGUUUGAUAAAGUCUAUGUAGCUCUGGCUGGCCUGGAACUCAUUAUGUAUGCAACAGGCUGCCUCCAGUGCUGGGACUACAGGUAUGUGCCACUGUAAAUUACGUCUUUUACUGGUCACUGUGCAAAUACUUGUCACUGUAUCAUUUUAACUUCCGAUAAAACUUUAUGCUUUGUUCCCCCUUCUUGUUAA